AAAGUAACUAAAUUUACUGUCAAACGUUUUAAAAAUUACUGUGUUUAUGAAUUAAUAGAGUAUAAUUAAAGUUUUUAUUAUCUUAAAAUGUUUAACCAAAGCUCACUUGGUGGUUUUGGUGGAGCUCCGACGCCGAGUACAGCAAACCCCAUGAAAGAUUUUGAGGUUGCUCAGCCACCAGAUGAUUCCGUGAGUUGUUUAUCAUUUUCCCCUGCUACGUUGCCUCAAAAUUUUUUGAUUGCCGGUAGUUGGGACAAAAAUGUAAGAUGCUGGGAAAUUGAACAAACUGGCAAAAGUGUACCAAAGUCAAUGCAAUCUUGCGGAGGACCAGUACUGGAUGUUGCCUGGAGUGAUGAUGGAACAAAGGUAUUUAUGGCAGGUUGUGAUAAACAGGCAAAAAUGUGGGAUUUGGCCAGCAACCAAGUUGUGCAAGUUGCUGUUCACGAUGCCCCAAUUAAAACAUGUCAUUGGGUAAAAGGCAGUAAUUAUUCAUGCCUAAUGACGGGUUCUUGGGACAAAACAUUAAAAUUCUGGGACACACGCAGCCCCAAUCCAAUGAUGAGCAUAAAUUUACCAGAACGCUGCUACUGUGCGGAUGUAGACUACCCAAUGGCUGUAGUGGGUACUGCUGGAAGACAAAUUAUAGUUUACCAGUUGGAAGGCAAACCCCAAGAGUACAAAAAAUUGGAAAGCCCUCUCAAAUAUCAACACAGAUGUUUGGCCAUAUUCAGAGACAAAAAAAAGCAACCAACAGGUUAUGCUUUGGGUUCUGUUGAGGGAAGAGUUGCAAUUCAAUAUGUUAACCCCACUAAUCCCAAAGACAACUUUACAUUUAAAUGCCAUCGUUCAAAUGGUACCCCAAGUGGUUUCCAGGAUAUCUAUGCUGUUAAUGAUAUUGCAUUUCACCCUGUUCAUGGUACCUUGGCCACUGUGGGGGCUGAUGGUUCAUUCAGUUUCUGGGACAAAGAUGCCAGAACCAAACUAAAACCAUCUGAAAUUAUGGAGCAGUCAAUUACCAGAUGUGCUUUUAAUCACAAUGGGCAGAUAUUUGCCUAUUCUGUGAGCUAUGACUGGAGUAAGGGGCAUGAGUUUUAUAACACUCAAAAGAAAAAUUAUAUUUUCUUGAGAUCAUGCUAUGAGGAAUUAAAGCCAAGGGGCCCUUAGAUAUGUAAGGAUAAAUAUGUAUGUGAUGUAAUUCUGUAAGGCUAUAUAUAUACAUGAUGUAUCAUGUUUUAAAUAUAUGUUGUGUAACCUGCAAUUAAUUAAGCUAUGAUUUAGUCACUAUAAUUAAGGAGGUACUUCAUAUCCUUAAUAUACUUUUUUAUAAUAAUAAAAUAAUUUUUAAAU